GUUCGCGAGGUUCCCUUGUUAGUCGUGUCAAGAAAGAAGUACCUGAAGAGCAAGUCCGAGCCUCAGUCAACAAGAUUCGCAGGACGGCCACUGGAGAUCUGUUGAUCAUCCUCUUAAAGGAGAACACAGAUAAAGAUUAUGGUCUGCAAAAAACCAUCAACGCCAUUGUUGGAGAUGAUGCCAAAAUCAUCAGCAAAGGACCACAAGAAGAUGUCGAAAUAAGAGACCUUGAUGAAAUGACCACGAAGAAUGAAGUACUGGCAGCUCUACAAAAAGCGGUGGGUGAAGCAGAAGAAAUAUCGCUGGACGCAGUCAAAUCACUGCGUAAGGCUUACGGAGGUACCCAGACUGCCGUAGUGACUUUGGCGGCAGCACUGGUAGAGAAGGUACUGGGACUAGACGGUAAGAUCAGGAUCGGUUGGGUCAACUGCCGGAUAAGAACACUGACAAGACUGACCAAGUGCUUUAGAUGCUGGCACUACGGACACCUGGCUACGAGGUGCAAGAGUAAAGUGAACCGAUCCAACUGCUGUUCCAAAUGCGGAGAAAAAGGUUAG